ACGCGGAGGCAGUCCAGUGAUCGCGACCGUUGCAAGCGGACGUCGUCAACGUCCAGCGAUCAUCGUCGCCAUCGCUUCUAUAUCAAUUUUAUUUUUAUUUUCGUUUUAUUUUCCCUUAUAAUCCAGAGUUAAAAAAUCGUUGAUAAACCGGGGUGCCGAAAAAAAACAAAAAAAACAAAAAAAAACAAUCCUCGGACCGUCUCAUGUCUGGUGCAUAAAAAAUUGACUUUUGAUAAAGUGAAUUGCUGCGGACGGAGUGUCGCGAAGAAGAAAAAACCAAAUUCGUCAAAUAUGGGAUUAACCGUGACCGAAGAUACACCGGCAGAUAUGCUCGCGGGGAACAUGGAACUCUUGGUUCAACUGCCGCCGAGAAGCGACAACGAUUACGACGACGAUUACGAAGAGGAGGAAGAAGCCCUCCACCAUCAGCACCAUCGAAAUCACAGAGACCGCCAUCACAACCAUCAUCACAACAACGGACAUCACCCCCGGAGAGCUACGACCAACGGAAUCAAUGCCAGAAGGGUAACCGUUGCCAGAAGCACACCCAUGAUGGACCUACUGGUGCAAGUUGCAACCUCGCAAAAAUUAUCAGCUUCUAGUUACACCCUCGAAGCUAUCGGCGAACACGGUUUGGUACUUACGCAUCAUCCUAACACACCGAUCGGUGCACUGGACGCUUUACAAGUGAAACUUUUACCGAAACAAGGAACAUUCGCACCUGUUAAAACUAGACACGCGAAUCAACCGUUCGAACCCACAUUCAGAUUGCAGGUUCAUCUACCUAGAAAUCAGUUGUACGUAUCGAGGGUCAGUUCAAGGAUGAAUCUUGGAAAAAUUCUGGAAGAAGUGUGCCGGGAGAAAAAUUUGGACCGGAGUAACUACGAACUCUGUCAUCCAGCGAACCUCGAAGAAAAGUUGGAUUUAUCCCUCUCGCUCCAGGAUUACCACCUUCAGGAGGUGACGUUGUGUCCGAAACGUCGUUCUCUCGGUUCUUCGUUGAGUUCCCAGGACAUAAUGGCACUGCAACGUCAGGAGGAAAGGAGGAGGCAGGAUGCGCGACACACCGUGUUCGGAUUCGCGUUCAAAAAAUCUAAAGAGAGUUCGGUGAGCACCGACAGCCUGGGGGAACGGAGCAUUUCACCGGCGCGUAGCGACGGUACCGGAAGAAGCGCGAGUCCUCUGCAGGUGCCGACCGCCCCCCCCACAAGGCCGCAACGAAAAAGACGACCCGCGCCAAAACCUCCCAUUCAACAAGAGCAACACCCCGACCUCGACAACGGUGCGAAGGAAACUGGAAAGGAGAGGGAAAUUGAGAAGGAGAAAAUUGUCGUCAUAAGUCACAGUCGGAAUAGUAGCGACAGUUCCGGAUACCACGAGGCGUCUGUACUCAGCGACAAUCUCGAUUCGAACAUACGUAUACCGGAAACUCUGCCGAGAAGGAGUAAGGCUCAACCGCAACCCCUGGAACCCCCGCCGAGAACUUUGGCGGAGUCUUCACAAGCCAGUAAAAGUCUUGGAAAUUUAGCGUUCGUACCGACGAACAACAGAGCGAGCAUCGCACGGGGAACCAGUAAUACCUCGCUAGUUUCCACAGGUUUGCGAAAGAAAAAAGCUGCUCCAGCCCCUCCGCAGCCGAGGCCUCUGUCUUCGGCAAUUUCCACGCAAGCUCUGGAGCGUAUCGUGGACUCGGAAGAGUCCUUGACUUCUGGAGGGGAUUCUCCUCCGGCAAAAGCCUCUUCAGACGUCGCUGCUACUUGCAGACCGAGCCUUGUUACCAGUCAGAGUUUAAGUAGCGAUGAUUCCGAGCCAAUUACCGUAACCAUAUCGAAGAUGGAAACGGAGAACAACGACGUCGCGAAUCCGCCGAGUCCUGAAGUUUUGAAAAAAGAAGAAACGGGCGUCGUUGAGAAGCCAACGCCGAAGAAACGUUCCACAGUCGUGCAGCCUUUUGUCGCUAUAGCGGAGACCGGAGACCAGUUUGACGUUGCUGAGACAGCCACAGAAAUCGUUACGCAUAACGUAGAGCCCGCUAGAGAUCGUAAACGAGCAGGAGAGCCCGUUCCUGUUCCGAAGCCUCGUAAUAAGUUGGUAACCACUAACACACCCAUAUCCGAGUCUCCCAAAGUACAGCCAUCGAGGCAGCUUGAGGUAGUACCAAUAAUUGAUAAAUCGCCCUUGCACAAAGUAAUAAUUGAACCUCCAGCUACGAAUACUCGAGAUCUGCACGUAGAAAGCACCCACAGACUUACCGUUGGUAGCGAUAACAAAAUUGACGAACGCGAAGAACUUCGCCGAAAUUCUCUGACAACGAACGAUAUCGAGCGGUCGGUCGGACCGUCGAAAAUCGUUGCAAAGGAAACCGAUCGCAGCCGGGAGAUGAUUUCUGAUACUUAUGGCGAACAUAACGAUCGUGAAACGUCUCGACGUCACGGUGCGAAUCAACCACCGAAAAAACCCAGGCGCAAGACCGUGGGGACCCCGGAUCCGGUUAUCGAGGAAAAAUUAAUGCCGAAAGUGGACGUAACGGAAAAGCAAGUUCCCCGAAUCAGUGGAGUUCCCAAUGUGAUCAUACAAUCUUGGGAUUCAACGGUGAACCGAACGGUCACUGGUAAACGGGUGUCAAAGAAGUUCGCGCAACUGCAGAAAAAGUUUGAAGAGCCCCUGCAUAGUCUUCCGAUUUAUCUGACGAAUGAUAUCAAAAGAUCUUGCGCCGUCAUAUCGACCAUACCGAAGUGCGAUCAUUUCGAAAAGAAUGCGUCGCCGAGUAUUGACGAGAAGAAAGAUUCGAGCCUCGGACUUCCCUUCGGGACGCGGGCGGGAAAGUUGAUUUGGGAUAGCAGCUACCAACGGGAGGAUCAAAGGAGUGCGGGUAAAACUGUCAAGAUUACGAAUGUGACCGGCGACGAGUUGGAGCUCGAAGAUAUAUCGUUAGAAAUGUUCGAAGAAUCGAAACGCCCUCGAGAUCGGUCUAAGCUUCUGAGAAGCAAUUCCGUGCUGAACGACUACGAGAUAAAUACUUUCGAAAACAGUGGAAGAGCCCUGACGUCGAAAUCGGUAGAUUUCACAUUCGCCCUGAACCCCAACUUGAGCAGGAAUAUAUCGGACCUUUCGACCGACUCUUAUCCUCACAAAUAUUCAAAGAAAUACUACAGCGAGGACGACGGCAUCGCGUCGGAAGAUAUCAACAGAGGAUGGAAAUCAUCCACGGCAACGAACUUUCCGCCGUUUUUCAGACGUGGUAUAUCCUGGGACAGGCGACAGAUGGUUUUGCCUGCAGGAGGUGAAGAAUACGAGGCUGGGGAAGACGUUUGGACUGUGGGGGAAUCAGCGCCGACUGCAAACGACGGGCGUAACGAUUUGACCGCACCGAUUACAGACGCGGAGGCGACUUCGGAAUUAUUGAAAAAAGUCUCGGACACGCUUUCCGGUUCUUCACGGUCACCGGCUGUGGCUCUUAUUUCAACGUCGGGCAACGUAUCGCCGAAGGAGCAGCAGCAGAUUAAGGUGUGCGUUGACGCACCGGGGGAAUCGAAGAUUCGAAUCAAUCAGCCCCAAACGAUUGCGGACGAUAAUCUUACGCGGCGCGAUGUGACGAACUCGAGCGAAAAAAGUCUUGACGAAAAAACGAUCGAAUCUAACGUUGCCGACGACCCCGGUCGGACGGAGAUCGAAGAUUCGUUGCGAGAUUCCGUGCAGAACGAAUCUUUAGCUGCUGCAGAAACUACCGAUUGGGAAUAUCAACUUCCUGAACCACCUACCGCAUUCAGGGAUACGGAAGAUAAUGAAAAUCGGAAAGGGAGUUCCACAAUUUCGUUGGAAAAACGUUCGGCUGAUGUAGAGUCGACGGAUUCGGCCGUGAACACUGAUACCGAGAUUUCCAAUAACGCAGUGUCUUCAACGUCGGAUGAAAAAACGAAGUCCAGAAAAAAUGAUGAAGUUUCCGCGACGCGAUCUCCGAAAACUUCGACUUCCGUUAAUGAGGCAAUUAAUUCCGACACAAAUUUCCAAACUCGUACUCUAGACUCCGCUACUUUGGAACGUGGGCGUGUUUCACGUUCAAGGCCGGUCAAGCCUCUCGGAGAUUCUGCAGCGAGAAGGCCGUCCCAUGCCGUUUCGACGCCAAGCGUCGCUCCUGUAGAUAAUCCGCUAUCAAAUUUCACUAUCACGACAUACUCCAGGCCAAAACCCGUUGAAAUUUUGAACGAGAUAGAACAGAGAGACGAUGAAUUGCAGCCAGGAAUUUUGGGUCGCAAAGGGUCCGCGGGUCAGACCGAAUUGUUUGCUGCCGUUCCACAACAGAAUCGCCGUCACACGGCCACCGCAAUUUUCGUUACAAAAAAUGCGUCUCAAUCCUCAAAGACCUACAUGACGCUACCGCGGAAUGAAAAAUCUGCACAGCCAGAAAUUCCUCCGAAGAAAAUUGAGCCAGCGGAAGGUGAGGUGAUGAAAGAAAUUGACGAUCAGCAGGUGCAAAUCAAUAGCGACGCGAAUAACACGAAUGUUAGUAGAUCUAACGUCAGAAUUUCCAUAGUUACGAAGCCCAGGCCUCGAGCUAAUACCCUCACUGAUAUUGUUCUAUCGAAAAAUCAAACUUUCGAUGUCAUAAAUGGUAACGAAACAGUCGGGAGCAGCGAAGAACAACGUAAAGAUUCCGCCCCGGAAAGUUAUGAUAAAUCCUCUCAGUCGGGGGAAAGUAUUUUGAAUAAACAGGAGACGCCGGACAAGGAGAAGCAAUUGCAGUCUUUAGAGAUCCUAAAGAGCAUCUCGCCGCAGUUGGAUGACGCCCGGAAAACUUCACGUGACGAUGGAAUGUCCGAAAAUACCGAUUCAGUUACUUCCAAAGAAACGAGAUCGCAAAACGACGUAAAAAACGAGCCACCAACGGAUGAAAAUCCCAAGAAUUCUGUACCGGCUACAGUUGAAAAUACUAAACCAAGUGAGCCAAAAAUGAAGCGAUACACAUACUCUGGACCUCCAGCUAUCGAUUUGGGCAGCUGGUCAGAGAGAUCGAGGACCAAAGUUCAGAUAAAACCGGACAGUGAUUACAAAUUUGAGAAAAGUAAAUCGCCAGAAAUUAUUACCCCGGCACAAACAACCCCUGCGCCGAUAAUCAGAGAAAGUCCUUCGAAUGCAGGACCCAAAAUUGGGACAACGUCUGUGAUCAUUCAAAACGAGACUCCUACGCCGGUAUUCCCGGUACAACCAGUAGGAAUAACUGCAGCAAAAAAUUCACGUUUCGAAAGGGAUCGCGCUGCAGAGAUCGAUAAUCGCGAUAGGAAAGAAUCAAAUGAGCUGGCUAAAACUCUGAUAGCAAGAACAACGGCGACUGGUUUUACGAGGAGACCAGUUUCCGCCGUGUUCGAACCCUCGGGAGUUUCAACCUUGACAAGGUUGAGGAAAAAGGAGCCCGAGGAGGAAAAAGUGGUUGGGGCUCAAGGUCGCCUGCAUAAUCAGACCCCCGAGAAGGAUGAGAUCGACAGUACGCCCAUAAACUUCAAACAGUUGAAGGAAACCUUCGGCAAAGAGCAGCUCACCAAUUCGCAGUCAAGGCCAAAUUAUGGAACCUACGGUAGGCCAAAAUCAGAAUAUAAUACAUCGGGAUCCGCGGUUCGCAGGGACAGCAACGUCGUCCUGUCGAAUGGAGAAUCGGAAAAGGUAGCUCCUGUUUCCAAUUACUCGACCUUACAACGGAUUUCGACGAUCGGACCUGCACGCGUUAUGAGCGGAGCAGAGAAUACCAAAGUUCACGAAAAACCCUCCUCUAUUUCGAGUCAAGAAAAAAGGAAUUUCGUUGUAUCAACGAAUCGCUUGGGUUACAAUCAAGUAUCGGAAGCCACAGGUCCCGGUGGAGUGAGGAGAACGAGCCGGGGGAAUUUGAUGCCAGUAGUUAAAGGGUUCAAGGUCACGACCCUAGAGGGUGAAGGAGCAGCGACUUUACCAAAUAAUAAGGAUAAACAACCAAAUAAUUACGGAAGAGUGGCGAUCGGCGAUAUUUCUAACGGUAAUUACGUCGCAACGCACAACGGUCUGAAAAAAACAGUCGUCCAAAUAAGAGGAGAUGAUUUUACCAAUGGGAUUCCUAAACCACCACCAACGAUGCCCGUCAUCACUGGUGUUACAUUAAAAAGCACCAACGCGAAUAAUUCCAGACCAAAAUCAAUCGGGGGGCAAGCCGAUCCCAGAAGCGAACUGCUCGAGGCCAUCAAGGGAUUUGGAGGAACCAGUCAGCUGCGACGAGUCCCCCGAAGGAGCAUGAACAUCAGCGGAAUUCAAAUAUAAAUGAAUUUUCGAAUACUUGCUCAGGGAUUCAAUAACUGGAUGGUAAUUUAUUAUUAUCGCAGGUCUGAACUUCUUAUUUCUCUCUUUUUUGUUUCCUCUUUUCACGAAGAGUGAUCUGUGAAUAAUUUUCCGCAGCUUUCGGCCGUAGUUGCAAGAUAUAGGUUUUUUUUUUUUUUUUCAUUUAGCAAAAUUCGCGAAAUUUAUUUCAGUUAGUAACGUUAACGUCGAAAGAUUGGGGCGGCGUGUAAAAUGUAAUAUACCUAUAUUAUAAAAUAAAUAAUAAUCGUAAUAAUGUAGAUAUAACAACGCGUGGUAAUGAGACUCCACUUUAGGUGCUACUGGUGUGCAUUUAGUCAUGUAGGUUUAUACUUCGGAGUGAGAUUGGUGAUAAUUUAUCAACUAUCAUCUUUAAAAGACGACUGAGAAGGAAGCGUUUAUAAGCUAGAUACCCGCGACAAGUAAUUAUGUAGUAUAUGUGUAUAAAAUAUUGCUUUCAGCGUUAAUUUUGCAUUCGUUUCGUUUCUAUACACCAAUUCACGCUUCUUUCAUUUCACCUUUGCAACGAGACGGAUAAAAAGAAAAUGUCAUAGUUUAUUUUAAUUCUACCAAAGCGUCGUAUUUUCUUUAUUGUUGACGAGAUGUGUGGAAAAUGUUAUAUCGAAACGAGAUAAGAAAAAUACAAGAGAAAAAAAAAAGCCCGUACAUUAUUGAACGAUAAUAUUCCGAACAAUUGUGCUGAUCGUGAAAAUGACGACAUCUGAUCUUCUUUCUAACUCUGCGUUAUAAUCAUUAUAGCUCAAUUACCGUUUCUGCUUCCAUUUGUAGAAUGACUCAGGGUUCUUAUAAAAACUUCAUAGUCGUUUUUUACAUACCCAAAUAGAGAAAAGGUACGCGACGAAGUUUGCUUACAUAAUAUUAAUGAGCACACGUAGAUUUACGUGUGGGCAUAAGUUUUUUCCGCGAGUUUAUACUCUAAUGAUUAAUUAAUGAUAUUAUUGAACGCUCAAGGAAAGACGAUAAGAUACAGCACUUUUGAAACUAAAAGAUUAUAAACGUAGUUUCUGUAAAUAUGAUAGAAAAUCCGUAUUGUUAAUACUGUAUUUAAUAACACUCUGUAUACUGAAAAUAAGCGAGGAAGCAUCACUGUAUGUAAUACCUAUUUAUGUAAGUUAUAAAUUAUAACUGAUAAUUAUAUUGAAGUUAAUCAAAAA